AUGCCAGAUGCCAGAUUCCAGAUCCCAGACGCUGGACGCUGGACGCUGGACGCCGGACGCCCUGAUGCAUCAAGUCAAUCACGCUUCAUCAACUGCUGCCUGACUCUCCGGGAUUCCCGUCUGGCAUGUCGAGAGCUCGAGGACAACUUACAAGAGAAACGUUCCCUAGCUGCUGCUGCAAUUCUUGGCCCGCUCAAUCAUCCAUCUGCCAAUAGAGGAAGCAAAUUCGGUACGAAGAAAGACUGCACUACGCUGCGCUAUUCUCUCCCAUAUCAACCAAGUAAGUCACUUUCCCAAGAACUUGGUGAGGGACAGCAAUCCUGUGAUAGCGAGUCUGUGGCUUUCAAAAGGCAUUGUCUUUCUUCCCCCAAACGGAAUCUUGCUUCCCCAGUUGGCUUGGCCAUCGAUGCAGAAGAUUACAUCUUCACAGUAGACUUGAACAGGGACGGGGCUUUCGGAUCGGUCUGGGUUUGGAGAAAGGUGGCUGUUGUUUUGUCGUGCCGCUUGUUCGUUCUCCAAACUCAGCGAAAGAGACUUCUGACUGUUUGGAUCCAUCUCAACUCCUGCCCGGUCACUGUGGGAUGGGAGCAAGGUCUCGGAUGGCAUCGUCCCACAGUCACUGGUACUUUAUUUGGCUGGGCGGCGUGGCGUGUUGCCGGUGAUGCCUCCACGGCCGUUGAACCGAGUCAGAGUCAUGAUCGAAUGAGAAUGAGAAGUGCAGGUGCAGGUACAGGUACAGGUACAGGUACAGGUACAGCCGGCAGCCACUUUGUUCCAAGUCCCCCCAAGUGA